AUGAUGCUCAAUGGAAUAGUGACAAAUUUUCCAGAGUUAGAAUUUAUAAAUAGGAUAGCAUCUUGGACUUUGAAACAGAUUAUGGCUAAGAUUAGUGCUGAGAUUAAGAGGGCGACAGAGUCUGCUGAAGGUUGUGUGAAAGACUUCAUCUUUGGAUCCAAAAGGCAACCUGAAAGAGAAAUUGAGAAGCUGGCCCUUAACAGUGCAAACGAAUAUAAUUAG